AUGGAAAACCCCAUAUCUAUCCACAACAACCGUAUAGAACUCGACCCUGAAGUGCAAAACGCCAUGUCUAUCAAUGAUGAGCAAGAAGAGGCUUUCUAUCAAAGAGUUGCAGCUGAGGAUUUAGAAAGCCAGAACAGGAUGUUUGAAGUUUCUACCUCUGGAAACCAUGCUCUACUCACAGUACUAACACAGUAUGGGGACCAAGGUGCCGGUGAGAAACAAAAAAGCAAUAUGAUGGAAAAGAACGCCUUGAAUGAAGCAAAAAAGGCAAUGGCUGAGAAGUUGGAUGGUGCCUACAAAGAAUUAGAAGACAGUUACAACAAGAUGAAGACAUUCUACAUGGCGGGGUCGGAUGAAGUGAAUAGUCGUCCGGUGGAGAACCACGAUAACGCAAAGAUACAGUUAACUGGUGCAGAGUUGAAAGCACUGGUAGAUAAUGCGGUUACUAAGGCUUUAGAAAGACAGUGCAGUGAGUACAGCGGGACCCAUAGUAGAACCCUGUCUACACCGCAUAAUAAAUCUAAGACUCAUUCAGAGGCUCACAGCAAGCCACCUUCUGUCAAACCCAAGUCUAAAAAGGAGGAAUCCAAGAAGGAGGAUGAUAGACAUUCUUCGAAUGAAAAUGAUAAUCAUUCCAAGAAGAUUGUGCUUUAUAAUGCCCCACGUGCCAAGGUUAGACAGAGAUCACUGAGGGCCGCAGAUGCCGAGAAACGAAAACGCGAAGAUGAUGGUUCGCGACGCUCAGAUAAGAAGCGGAAAGGCAAUGACGACCACAAGAAAGGGUCUGGGUCCAAGAAGGGAGAUCAACAGUCGGGUGAGAAGCCCAGGUGCAAGAACAUGUCAACGUUUAUGGAUGAAAACACCAAGGAAGGGCCAAGUGAAAGAGCAGAAAAUGAGAAUGAUGUGGAUGAUGCUGAGGUUGAGGGAGGAAAGAAAAGUGAAAGGGAAGGGGAUGGGGGAACGGAAAUAGAAGGGGAAAGGGAGGUUGAGAUUGCAUGGGAAGGUGAUCAAAACUCCAUGACCUCAAAUGAGGCAUGUGAAAGAUAUCAAAACACCAUACCUGUCGAACGUGGCAAUGCUAUAUCUGUUGACCAACAUGCCAUGAAUGAUGAGGCCGCAAGUGAAGGUGAAUGGUUGGCUGAGGGUGACAUUGACCAAAAUGCCAUGACUGUUGAAGGUGUAGCGCAUGUGAGGCUGCAUUUGAGGAUGAAGCUGGUCAUGUAG